AUUUUAAAUGCCCACCUGAGAAUUCAUAGAGGUGAAAAGCCAUACAAGUGUGCCCAGUGUGAGAAGUGUUUUUAUACAAAGUUUAAUUUAAAUAGACAUCAGAAAAUUCAUACGGGUGAAAAACCCUACAAGUUCACAGUUGAAAAGCCAUACAAGUGUGCACAGUGUGAGAAGUGUUUUAGUACAAAAUCUAAUUUAAAUGUCCACUUGAAAAUGCAUAGAGGUGAAAAGCCAUUUAAGUGUGCACAGUGUGAGAAGUGUUUUUAUACAAAAUCUAAUUUAAAUGUCCACCAGAGAAUUCAUAGAGGUGAAAAGCCCUACAAAUGUGAUCAUUGUGGGAAUGGCUUUUCCCGGGCAUCUUCUUUAAAUGUUCACCAGAGAAUUCAUACAGGUGAAAAGCCAUUCAAGUGUGCACAGUGUGAGAAGUGUUUUAAUACAAAAUCUAUUUUAAAUAAUCACCAGAGAAUUCAUACAGGUGAAAAGCCCUACAAAUGUACAUGCUGUGAGAAAUGUUUUCGUACAAAAUCAAUUUUUAAUACACACCUGAGAAAUCAUACAGGUAAAAAUCCAUACUAAUGUAUUCAGUGAGGAAAGUAAUUUUCCCAAAAAUGUAAUUUACUGUAAGUAGCCACCUGAAUAUACAUUAAGGUGAAAAGCAAUACACCUUCUAACUGUGGGAAGUAGUUUUCCCAAAGAAGUGCAUUCAAUUCACCUAAAAUACACACAGUCAGUGUGGGAUGCAUUUUUAUGGAAAAGAUCAUUCAACUUGCCACCAGAGUCUUCACACGGGUGAAAAGCCCUACAAAUGAUUUAAGUGUGUCAAGGGUUUUUCCUCAAAGGAGUUAAAUUAUGCAAAUACUCAGUGUGGGAAGUACUUUUUGAGUGCAGGCCAUUUACCACCUGAUUGCCAUCUGAGAAUUCAUACCUGUGAAUGAUCUUUAAAAUGUAAUCAAUGUUUAAAUUUAAAAAUAAAAUCUUAUUUUCAUCAUAAAAAGACAACUAUAGAUGAAGUGUUUGAGAAGUUUACUCUGUGGGAAGCAUUUCAUGAAGGCAUCCUUACAUGUUAUUUGUGUUGGAAGGGUUCCUGACAUCCAAAUUUGGAACAAUCUGAGAAUUCAAACAACCAUCCCUUCUUAUUUUUAAGCCAAACUCAUGUUGUGAUUUCCAAAUUAUUUUUUGGUGGGUGUUUUGAUUAGAGUUCAAAGAGGGAAUAAAAGGUGGCAGGAAAACCAUUUUGCGGUGUUUGCAGUAGCACAGUUUAAAGUUAUCCUGAUAUUCCUUGCUAAUCGUAUUUUGGACAAGCCUCUCAAAAAAACAGGAUAUUAAUUGUGGAUCUUUGUUGCACUCUUUGUUUUUCAAUGUUCUACAUGAAAUGUGGAUGAAAUUAUUAUACAUUGUGAGUGCACAUCCCACUUUAUGCCUUGAAAUUUUCUAAAUAAACUCUUUUGCCAACAAUUUCCCACUUUGA